AUGUCUGUGGUCUCGAAUGGUUUGAAGCACGUCAAUUCGAGAGCGGUCGCGGGUCAGAUGCCAUGCACUGAUCUCCUGCGACAACAAGUACGCCGAUCCCGAUCCCGCGCUGGUGUGCUGGCUGCGCCGACGAAUCCCACCAGCAGAGAGGAUUUCAAACUGCCAGAGAGACUCAAGGUCACCGGCAAGGAGGAAAGUUUCGUGUUUUACGAUUCGGGAGAGGGUGAUCCCGACCGGAUCCUCGUCUUCGCAACCCCCGGCAAUUUGAACCUUCUUCGGAAUAUGAUGAGUGCUUCAGCGACGUACCGUAGACUCCUAGAAAGCAUUGUCGGAGCAUUGAACGGUUCCUCCCCGCGACUGAUCCAUAUCGACUUCGAAGUGGCCAUGAUAAAAGAGUUAGAAAGAGCUUUCCCUACCACUCGAAUAUUGGGAUGCCUUUUCCAUUUUUAUCAAUGCCAAUGGCGGAAAAUUCAGAGCAACCCUGACCUUCGAAGACAAUACGGAGAAGACCCGGACUUUGCUCUGCAAGUUCGCAUGUUCUCGGCGUUGUCUUUCGUCCCUACGAGGGACUUGCUGCCCGUGUUCGAUUCACUCCUGCGAUCGGACUUCGUUAAAGACAACAACUACAUGUUGACUCCUUUCAUCAAUUAUUUCGAAAGCACAUGGGUUGGAAGGGAGCGCAGUAAACCUCGUAUGAAGCACGAGUGGUGGAACGUGCAUAGCUCAGUCCUGGAAGGUAUAGCGCGAACUAACAACGCAGUAGAAGCAUGGAACUCGGCGUUCUCUAAAAGAGUAGGAUCUUCGAAUCCGAACUUAUUCAGGUUCGUUGAAAUUUUGAUAACUGAACAAGCUAAAACGGACUUCAUGGUUAACAAUUGCCUCGCUCAGGGAUCAAACACCUUGCCGAAAAAGCGAUAUCGAGACCGAAAGAAGAGGCUUGAAAAUCUAGUGUCAUCUUAUGAUCAACGGGGAACGCUAGAUUUCCUCGAAGCGAUUGCGCAUAACAUUUCAUUUUGA